CGUUUACUCGGUUUUAUCCUCUCAUACUGUCAAGCUAGUCACCUCUCCUUUCCAGCUCUGCUACCACUGUGUUUCUCAGGAGAUCCCUUUCUUGGCGGCAGAAGGACUGGUGAUUGCGGACUGAUGAGCACAGUGCCUGAUUGAGGUGUCAUGCGGAGUAGCCGCCUGCUCUGAGGUGACAGGAAAUCACGCAAGCUCCAGCGUUUACCUCUCAACACUCAUCUGCCCCUGACAGGAGUCCAAGGGGGAGGAUGAAUACCUCAGCAGAGGGGUCUGAUGUUACUUGGUUCUUUCUGCCACCCCCAGCCAAUGAGAGGUGGAGCUGAUUGUGAGGACUGAAAUGACUUGAUUCACAUGCGGCACACGGAAAGCAGUACAAAUGUAAAAAAAGUCACUGAUUUGAUGUGUUUUGAAUGACAGUUUUUAAACAGGACUGUAAUUUUCCUGUUGUCAAUAGGAACAUGAGUGUAUGUAAAAUGUGUAUACGUAUAAUGUUAAUGUCUUCAACAGCCUUGACGUUAAAUGCCUAGAAAUCUGUGUAAUGCUAUUUUUUUUAAUACACUCCUAUUUAAUCACAGUAUGAGUAAUCAUUUCCGCAUGUAUUAUCAGUAGUUUUAUGACAGGCUUAAGCAUACUGACCCAACAAAAGACAAACUGUGUUUUAACAGUAGCAGAAUGAACCUAACUGACAACAGCAGCGACACUGGGCUGGGCGAUGUGGAGAGGGUCCUAGUCCCAAUACUGGACACACUGAUUCUGGUACUGGGGGUUUGUGGCCACACCAUGGUGAUGGUGAUCUUGUGUGGACGGAGGAGGAGAGGGAUGGGACAUGUAUCACAGUCUCCCCAAAGCUCCAGCAGUAGCAUAGGCACAGACAUCCUCCUGCUGGCUCUGAGCGCUGCAGACCUGAUUCUGCUCUCCAUGCUUCCCUUCCACACUGUUACCAUCGCCAUGCAGCACUGGCCAUUUGGGAACGUCAUGUGUCGCAUUGUGGGCUGCUUGGGAUCAGCCUGCACCUCAGCCAGCGUAUUUACUCUGGCCACCCUGGCCGUGUCCCGCUACCUGACUGUGGUGAAGCCUACCAGAGCUUAUUCCCUCCUCACCCCUCGCAGGGUGUCUGUAACUGCUGCACUGCUCUGGGUUCCAGCUUUGUGCCUCGCGGUUCCCCAGCUGGUUUUUCGCUCUGUUGGAACGCCGCAACGAACCCCUGAUGGCCUCGCUUGUUUUGUUUUCCAGUCUGACCAAGAGCAGUUGAUCUAUGGAUUGGUUCACUUCCUCGUGGCCUUCUUGCUCCCACUGGUUGUAAUAGCAGUGGCGUACAGCAGCAUCUAUGUGUUCCUAUGGCGGAGUCAACAGGGUGGCCGGGCGCCUCAGGUGGAGCGCUACCAGAGCAAAGUGACCCAGACAUCAGCCAUGCUGGUGUUGGCUUUCACCCUGUGCUGGCUGCCAUCCUAUGGCCUAACUCUGGCCUUACUGGCAAAUAAAAGCGCAGGGGCAACGGGAACCUCACCACGUUACGGCCCCUUUAGCGUGUUUGCACGUCUCAUGGCAACCUCCUCUACAGUGAUGAACCCCAUCCUCUAUGUACUGAUGUCCCAAAAGUUCAGACAAGAUGUGAUGAGGCUGUUCAAGAAGGACGGGCAAGGAGCCAGCGGGGCUGUGGCCAUGGACGCUGUCUGACAGUAUUACUUUAAGGAACUACUUUGAUAAAACUGACUACCUGACAAACACUGAGCCAUUUCUGGCAACUGGGAAUUACAAUAAAAAAAAUUACAAGCUGAGCUGCUGACGGACUCCUGCAUAAAAUGACUCAACCAUUACCCUCAUAAGGAAAGUAACAAACAAGCAGAACAACAGCACUCACAGGGACACUCAACACCUUUGCUUCUUCACAACACUCUGUUAGUCUGGAUAUUGUACAAGAAGAUCAAAGUUUGCCUUGGGAGUUGCUGCUCUACAAGCCCAGUGGCAGAAACAAUCCUGAAUCACACAUUCCUUGUAAAACAGAUUAAAGUAAAGGCACUUUGGUAAAACA